CCGCCGAGCUCGCUCCUGGGCUCCGCGGGAGCAGGGGAGGGGGAAGGAAGCUCGGGACCCUCCCGCCCAGCCCGGCGGGGGGCGGCGAGCGGCGGCCCCGCCCCGCCGCUUUCUGUCCCCUCUCCCGCACCGUACGGCCGGGCGCAGCCUCCGCUCCAGCCGCCGCAACUUCGGGUGGCGGGGCGCGGGCGGCUCUGCCCUCCCGCCCAGGGCCCGGCCCGACCCCUCCCGCCCCGGGGCCGGCGGGAGCCCCGCGCCAUGGCCGGGAUCGGCAUCGACCACUCCAAGCUGUCCCGAGUCAAGGAAGUGUGUCGAGACUUUGCUGUUCUGGAAGAUCAUACCUUGGCCCAUAACCUGCAGGAGCAAGAGAUUGAGCAUCACUUGGCAACAAAUGUUCAGCGUAAUCGUCUGGUGCAACAUGACUUGCGGGUGGCCAAGCAACUGCAAGAAGAGGAGGAUCUAAAAGCACGUGCCCAAAUCCAGAAACACCAAAAAGACUUAGAACGCCAGGACUCUGAGAUUGCUCAGGAAAUCCAAGUGAAGCUGGUGUUUGAAGCAGAGCAGCGCCGCAAGCAAGAGGAAAAAGACGAGGACAUUGCCCGUCUCCUACAACAGAGAGAACUGCAGGAAGAAAAAAAGCGCAAGAAGCACUACCCUGAAUCCCAGGGACACACAGGCUAUGAAGAUAGUUAUUAUGCAGAAAAUGGAGAGCACCCCUGGGGUAACACCAGAGAGCAGGUUUCUGAGCGUCGCAGGGCACACAGUGGUGACGGGAGCACGCGCCGGCGGAGAGAGCACCGAGAGGCACCCUCGUCUUUGUCCAGUGGUACCUCCAAACAUAGGCAUUCCCCCUCAGAGAAUCGUUGGAGGUCUCCUCAACCAAGUGAGGCCAGCAGUGGCUAUCAGCAGGAGUGGAAAUCAGCCAGCCAGGCAAGGUCCAGGAGAUCUCCCAGCCUUGAUCUGGAAAGAGAGGCUGAGCGCGACACCCGUGGCCUCAGCAGUAGUUGGGAGCCACGGGAGAGGAGAGCAGCUGGCAAGGAGAAGGCUUGGAGACCUCCCAGUCUUGACCUGGAGUCCGAGCAUGGACUUGCAGACCAAUCACGGCACAGCAGAAAGCCCUCAAGGCAAGACAGAGAAAAGCACCUUCCUCUUCUUGAGGUGGAACUGGAGGCUGAGCAGGAGACCUGGCAUCAGGGUGGCAGCCAGCAGCUGCGCCCUGAAAAACACAAAUCUCGUCACCAGGGCCACUCGUCACACAGAACAGUGCAUGACGAGAGGCUCCGUGAGGCUGAAUCUAGAGAUGAUCUUAGGAGGGGUAAGGAGAGAGACUGCAAAAGGGCAGGACACAGGAGACGUUCCCCCUCCCCUCAUGCUGUGACCCAGGGGAAGGCUGGAGGCUGCCAGCAGGACUCAGGCACUGAGCAAUAUAUGUAUGAUACACCCCAAAGGGAGCAGGAGUUGUCUGAUGCAGAGAUUGCUCGGAAGCUGCAGGAGGAAGAGCUCCUGGCUAGUGAGGCAGAUCAGAAGGCAGCUCAAGUAGCCCAAGAUGAGGAAAUUGCUCGCCUCUUGAUGGCUGAGGAGAAGAAGGCUCUCAAGAAAGAGAAGGAGAGAGAAAAGUCUUCCUUUGAAAAGAGGAGGCAUGAUCAGGACUGGAAGCACGAUGCAAGCGAGUCUACACGCUCAAGGUCAAAAGAAGGGCCUGAAACUCAGCGACACAAAGGCGACAGGUCUUCAAGGUCACAGCCUCCCCUCGAUGACCACGCUCGGUAUUACAAAAGCCAGCCCAGUCCCUUGCGCCAGAUGCCCAAACCUGAACACUCUCCUAGAGGUUCCCGUAGGAAGCAGUAAACUGUGCUCGCCUUUGCUUUGGUACUGACUCUUCUGUAGCAAACAUUACUGGAAUUGCCAGGGAACUUUCUCAAUUCCUUACCCAAUGGGAGGUACAGCCUCCAAUCCCAGGAUCUCCUCUUUAAGUGUUAUCAUGUUAAUAAGGAACACUUGUUUGUUUCAAUUUCUUACUUGUAUGUGAUCACGUAAGCAGUGCAGUAUAAUCUAGCCGCCAUUGAGCUGUGUGAAUCAACUAGCUGACUUAACAGCUGCCUCUUAUAUUCUUUUGAGGCUUUUCUUUUAUUUUUAAGUUUUGGCUGGAGCUUUGACAAAUAGGACAAAUAGGGAUGCACGUAUGACAGGGAGGAAAAUCCAAGAUAUGAGCUGGGUUAUGGUUAUGCAGAAUGUCAGAAAUACAAGUCCUUUCCAUAUUAGGAUGACUUAGCAGAGAGAGUUAUAAGAGGAAACAUGUUUCUUCCUGUGUGGGAUAAGACAGCUGAGCCAACCUGACAGCCAUGCAAGCUUCAGGAAGGAGAGAGAAUCUUCCUAACAUACUCCAGCAAAAGCCAGAACCUGGGACUGGUGAGGAAGAAAUUGCUGAUUUCCUAACUGCUGUGUUUCUUUCUGGUGUUUCCAGCAAUCUGGGUAGAGUGUGUAACCAGGCAUUUAGCUCUAUAGGAUAGAACAGUUAUGAGGAAAUACUGUUUCAACUGAAAUUGGACCACGUGUUCAUGACUUUUAAGACAUGUCAAGGGUUGAUUAAGCUGUGAGUUGUGGAUUGGGAGGAAUCAUACAAACAAAUUUAAAUGCCUGAAAGGUACUCUGUGGUCACCUUCUUUGAGCUUCAGUGUGGUAGAAGCCAAGGAAUUUCACUGAAGCCAAGCAGGAACUACUGUAUCUCCUAGCUCUGUUGCUGGUGCACUUUUGUACAGUAAUUUGAGUCUGAACCUGAAUAUUCUUGGACACCUGGGACUGAAGGAGGGCCAUAUGGGCACUGAGCAUUGAAUCCAAAAUGUACUGUUACUGGCAACUUUGAGCUAGCCACAGAGUGCUGAGCAGUCCCCACAGUGUGCUCAGUGCCUCCCCUCCACACUGCUCCGUCUAGCACCCCACACAGACCUUAUCCAAUCAGGAUAAAGCUAUGACUCUAGGACACAGCAGGCUCUGCAAGUGUAAGUUGUAUGUACAGAUUUGCCCAUGCAGUGAUUUUUUUUUUCCCUUUCAAUGACUUGUUUUCUCUCUACUCUUUGAAAAUCCUCCUCCUCUUGCACAAACAAGUAGCCUUUUCCCUUGGGCUCCUCUCAUUUCAAUUCUUUUGUCUUUUUAAUAAUUUAUUUUCAUUAUUUUCGAGUACAUUUUUAAACAGCAAAGCUGAGCAUCUGCACACUGGUGGUACCAGUAUGGUCUAGUUACUCAUCUGCCAGUCCAGUUCAAGGCAGCAAGCCUGCCCGAGUUGCUCCUGUAGCCCAGCUUCCUUAUUUCACUGGGUUUGUUCUACUGUGCUCUUCUGCUGGCAGCUACAAUUCUGUUGCUGGCCUUGCUGAGGAGGGGAGGCAGAACCAUGACUGUACUUGCCCUCCCCAGCAAUCUGCCUGGGAAGGGACCCUGACAGUUUCAGAGCUUUGUGGACAGCACAUGUUGGCAUGGAGCACUGAUAGGAAUUUAGAAGGGAUGAUGGCUCUCUGCUCUUGCACUAAUGCACAAUUCAAGCCCAGAGGCAGCUAUAAGGCUUUAAGCUUGGCUGUUGUCCUUGGUCAGGACAGUUAGAGACAAAUCACUAGGAAGGCAAGGCAUCUCUUCUCCACGUAAGUUACAAGGGCAUGUUUAAUACCACAAACAAGCCCACAGCUUGCCUUAACCAACAAUUCAAGGAACUUCCAUUGUCUAGCCCCACUGGGAUGUUUGCAGCAUUUCACUGCCUUUGAAGAACCAGUUAACCCCCAGUAGACCUGUUCUCCAGGCACACACUGGCCAAGUGUUCUAACAUAGGACUUUUUUGUGCAUCAGCAGUGUCCUGUUAGCUGUGUACCUUUGCUUCCAGACCGUGAGCUUGUUGACCUGCAUGAACCCUUAAGUGACUUGCAAGCCCUUGCUUGCUGCUUCUUCUCAGGAAAUACCCCAGCCAGCGGCUAGAUUUUACUGUCCUUGCCUUGUUCCCUCUUCUAGUUCCAUCUCUGUCCAUUCAGAAGUGUUAUUGUUGUUUUAAAGGAUCCAGAAAAGGAAAAACAUAGAUCAUACUUUUUCCUUUUUUUAUUUGAUAACUUGGGCCAAUGUGGUAACCUCAUUUGCAAUGAUUUCAUUUUGUAAACAUUUAUUUUGAUAUUUCAUGUAACAGUCAAAAUUUCUACUGAUGAAAAUGCAGUGUUUUUUGUUGCUGUUUGUUUUUCCUGUGGGUUUUUCCCCUCUAUUGCCAUCAGAGUAUUUAUUGUUGUGAAAUGGAUGCCUGAUGGAGUUUUAUGAACUAAUAAUUUCUACAAACACCCCAGUCCAGGCCCUGCUGCUUGUAUGAUCUCGUGCACUUGUGGAAACUGGAUGGGGAAAGUCCUGCCAAAUCAGAAAGUGGUUGUGCUUUGUAGUUGCUGAGCAUGGGGGAAAAUGGUGACCCUCUGCACAAGGCAAGGGGAAACCGCUAACUAGGAAUUCAGCCCUCCCUGGGCCUCUGUAGCUGGCUAUGAUGGGCCUUCUUGCACUGCAGUUGGCUGAUGUAACUUCUGUCUUACUCUCACCAGAAAAGUCAUGAAGGCCCUGAGCCUGCUGACAUUUUAAGAACCUAUUAGUUCAGGAAGGAUGCUUGGGAGUAUCCAAGUUGUUGACUUGAAGGGAGUGAGUGAAAAUUAUGUGAGAGAAAACUCCAGUUGAUUUUAUUUGGAAUCUGGGUGAAAUCUGAAGAACACCUCAGUGCUUACUCUGUGGAGCUGCAGGAUCUCCUUAAUGGCCUUCUCAGGCCAGCCAAGCUCUCUAGCCAUGGCACCAAGAGGCAAGAGCCUAAGGGAAGGAUCCCAGGAGUAUCUGAUGCUUCCUCAGAUGCUUUCAGGGAGUGCUGAAUGCUUUAUGGGCUUUGCUCUGUAUCCUUCCUUAGUCUUUAGAUUGUUGUUCUUACUCCCUACCUUUAUUCUUUUGCUGUCCCUUGUAAGUGAUUAUCCUGUUUAUUUUUCCAUAGUCCUUGUGAAAAGGAGAGCCCUGAGGUUUUGUUUGAAGGAGCUUAUUCAAAUUGAGGGAGACAAAUGCGAGGAAUGGUACCUGAGGAAAGGAUUUAGUAAAUGGGGUUUAAACAGAGCAAUAUCUAAUAUACCUUGUAGGCCUCAUGCAGUCAGCAGGUUAGAGGCUUCCUGAAACAAAGGUUGCAGCUGGACUACCAUGGUUAGUGACCACUUUCAGAAGGAGAUCCCAUGGUCCAAUUGGAGUCAACAAGAGUUAAGAUCAUGGAUGAACAAGGAGCCAAUUAAUCUUAGGCUCAGCAGCCAUGGUUCUGCUGAGAGUCAAGAAGAUGCAUCUUGUGUAGACAAGGUGCAAAAUCAGCACCUUGCAUAUGUGUCCCUGGAAAAAGGCACAAUGAAGUUGAUCUUUUUAAAAGAAACAAUCACAGCAAUACUUCCUUUCUAUGACAGAAAAAUGCUUAACUUUAUUUUUUCCUUGUCCUAUCUUGCCAAGUUUCAGUAGCUUUGCCUAUGGUUUUGUUUUGGAUUUAGUAGCAUGUCAGAGUCCUUGCUGGGACCCCUGCCCAGAGUCAUUCAGGUCUUGCAUCCCUUUCUGACUCUGGGCAUUAACAAGGCAACAGACUCCACACGGAAAAUUCAUCAUGGUGACAACCUGGCACUUCCUAACCUCCAUAGUAGGCACAUCUCGCCAGCAGGAGCUCUGGCACCUCCUCGCCUCCGUCCAAGCACAAUGGUCUGGUCUGCAGAAAGAGGUCGGGUGAACCCGAGUGAUCGUGCCUUACAAGCAGGGAUACUCGAUGUCUUCAGCAGGCUCAGCUAAAUCACCCUGCUUUGAAACACUGUCUUAAUGUGGACUGUGCAUCUUCCUGCAGCGAGAGCAGUUGUUGGCACACGGAGAGAUCCAGCAGGUUAAUCUCAUCUUUUUUUUUUUUUUAAAGAACUUCAUGGUUGUGAACUUAGUGGAGGUGGGAAAAUAUCAGCUGUUAAGGGACAGAUGAAGCCUCAUCAUUGAAUUUCUCCUCUUGGAAAGGAAGGACAGAAGUUACAAAUGCUGCAGUCUGCUUCAUUCUGUAAAAGGGAUCUCAUAUGUACAGUAUUUUUGUAUCUCUGCAUUCCCACCUGUCAGGAUUUGAAUCAGGAUUAUUAACAUUCUCUUAGGGAAAAAAAAAUAUGCAUUUUUAUUUUUACAGUGCUAGACCUUUGUGCAUUUUUAUUUUGUGCCAAAUUACAGCCACUGUUAUAUUCUGGUGUUUUCAGUUUAUUGAUAUUUGAUCGAUGUGUAUAUUAUAUAUUUUUAUUAUCAAGGUUUUUAUUUUAAUUCAUAUUAACCUGUAUGCAAACUAACUGUGGAUUGCUAAUUUAUAUAUAAAGGGGAGCACUUGGAGACAGUCUGAGGAUUCCCCUACUUAGUUUACACUCUUGUAAUCUAAUGCAACCAGUACAUGAAACUCAUUGCUUCUUGCACAGAAUGAUCUCCUGGGUGUCUGUCACCCCAAGCAGAUUGCUCCUGCUGUUCCUCCAAGCAGCAGUGGCACUGCAAGGCUGUGGGAGAUGCAGCAGGAAAUGCAGCACAGCUCAUAGCUCAGUCACCCAUCAGUCCAUGCUCUCUGCUGUCCUGCUCCUAGCAGUGAUGCCAGGGAGGAUGCUGCAGCUGGAAUUCCCACCUGUGGGUGACUUUGGUUACUUUGUCCUGCACUCCUGCCCAGCUGAUGGACAGUUAUGGUUUUGCCCACUCUCUGGAGAUGCUUGGUGCUUAGUUUUGCAGUUGGUUUGGGAGGUGGGGGUGGGAUACAGCACUGGGCACAAGCAGUGCCCCUCACAUCGAGUAUACACUGGUUGCUUGUCUUGUUUUUGUUGUGGGGGACAGGCAUAAACCUGCAGAGAUCCCAGUUCACUGUAUUCUUUAAAAUACACACCGUAGCACGUUUCUGACUGUGCAGUGCAGCUGUGGAGGCUCUGGCUGUGCUGCACACAAGUGCCACUUGGACUGCUACAUGUAGGACAGGCUGCAGGACACAGGUUUUGUGUCGAGAAGUUGCACUGCCCUCAGCUUCUAGACUGGAGAUACUAUCAGCCACCUUCUCCCUGUGAGUAGCACAGGGCAAGGCUUAGCUGUGCAGUUUGGGCUCUUCCAGGAGAGUCCUAGAGAGGACAGUGGCACACACAAAUGAGUAUUUUCUACUUCAUGGUAAAAAAGUUCCACUGUAUCAGUGUUCACUCUAAAUAGACUCCACGGUGUGUCUCCAGCUGCAUCCUUGCACUGCAAUAUAGUUAACUGCCUCGGAGAAAUAACUGCAGUUCUCUCUUUUACUCUUGAGGGUAAACUUUCAGCCUGUUGAAUCUAAAUAUUAGCCAUGUGUUGAGAUGGAUUAGUCAGAAGGCUUAAAUUCUUCAGAGCUACAGGUGUACUCUGUUGCAACAGCUAAUCCUGAAAUAUAAAUUGCACACUGACAAUAAUCUGUCUAUGCAAGCCUAGGUUUUUUCUUAUUUCUGACUGUUCACUCUAUAAUUUUAUCAGGUUUGGCAUAGAACUUCUGAAUGACAUUUAACCAAAGUAUCAUGUCUGUGUGUGUGUAUAGCAUGUUUGCUUCAUACUCCUAAAUUCUCAUUGAAUGUAAAGGGAACAUUGCCUUGCCCAUUCUGUUCAAUAAACCGCUGUAUUUUGUUACCCACAA